AUGGGGCAACGGAGGAGGCCGACCACUGGGCGCGGGGCGAACACAGCCGUGGCCGGAGCCGGAGCCAGAGCCGGAGCCUCGCCGUGGUCCGCGAGUGCGGGGGGCACAAUCGUUGAGUCCAUAGACGAAGGAGGAGGACGCCCCCACGAUGCCGGCGGCGCCCGUGACGAGCACGGACAGCCCGACGCCCUCCGCGGACCCGAGAGGCCGCCGCGGCGACGCCGACGCCCGGAUCUGGCACUCCCACUGCAGCUCGCCCCAGGAUGCGGCAAAGUAGCGGGAGGAGGUGGCGACAAAGGAGUGAAUGCUCAGUUUGCUCCUCUUGACUGCCCUAAUGCAAUAGACAGUUUUAUUGGAUACUGGAAGCCAAGUUUGAUACUUCUUCUGGAAAGUGAACUCUGGCCAAACCUCAUUAUGUCUGCAGCAGGAAAAGGAGCAGAACUUUUGUCUGGACUAUUCGUAGUUUCUGCAUCACACAUUCAUGCUAUUGCAGUGGCUCUUUUAAAUGCUCGCAUAUCAUUGAUAUCUUUCAACCACUGGUUGAUGCCUCUAGGGUCCCCAAUAAUUGCUCUGAUGCUCUCUAAACUAUCACUUGUUAUCCCAUUGAGUACUAUUCAGGCUGUUCGUUUUCAGCUGCUAAAUACACCACCAGGGAUCAUACAUUUUGCUGGAGAUUUAAAAUAUGCUGUCGGAGAUGUUAAUGCCGGGGAGAAUCAGGUCAAUGAAAUAAAAGAUCUGCAACAGCAGUUUAGCAAUAGGCCCCUCUGGAUGGCUGCUUCUAUUCACAGAGGUGAAGAAGAAGUCAUCCUCCGCGUUCAUGAUGAGUUAGUCAAGAUGUAUCCCACUCUACUACUAAUUCUUGUGCCAAGACAUCCUGAGGACUGCAAGAAUAUUUCCUUGGCACUAAAGAAACAAAAGGUCAAUUUUGUGCUGAGGUCAACUAGGGAAGUGGUGGCUUCAAGCACUAGGGUAUACAUGGUCGAUACUUUAGGGGAAUUAAGAAUGCUUUAUAGGGUCACUCCAGUUGCAGUUAUUGGCGGUUCGUUUCUAUCUGGCUUAGCUGGCCAUAAUAUUUCUGAGGCUGCUGCAGCUGGUUGUGCUGUUAUGACUGGACCCCAUGUUGGACACUUCUACCAUAUGCUGGUUGAAAUGUGGCAAAUAAAUCCUUUAGUUGUCAAGCAGGUGUCAGGAGAAUUCGAACUUCUGCAAACACUAAAAGAACUGCUUGGUGAUGCCAGCACUCUAGGAGCACGUCAAAGAGCUGCAAAAAAUGCAUUUUCCAUUAUGUCAGAUGGAGUUGUGAACUGUGUAUGGAAUUUAGUCAGCAGGUUCGCCAUUGACUUCCAAACAGAUACGUGGAACAGGGCUGUUGGAGGAGUGGAAAUGCACAGGGAGACUGACACCGGUGAUUGUGGCAUGCUGGCGACCUGGUGA